CAUUUUUUUCUACAUAAUUUGAUGCACAGCAGACUAGGCGUGCACGCCCGUCAUCAUCUAGUUUAACAUACUGCUCUUGCAGUGUUCUCUGGAACUGAGAUUUGACCACCAAAUCUUUAGUCUACAUCACUCAGAAUGUCUGCAAAGCCAAGAUGGGUUCCCCUGGAAUCAAACCCAGAGGUUAUGACCAAGUACAUCCACAAAAUAGGAGUCCCUGAAAUGUGGCGCUUUGUUGACGUGCUUGGUCUGGACGAUGAUCUACUUGGUAUGAUACCCAAGCCUGUGGCGGCCCUCAUUGUGCUAUUCCCAAAGGGUGACAAGAUUAAAAGUGCAGAGGAGGAAAUGUGUGCCAAAAUCGAAAAGGAAGGCCAACAGGUCAGCGACGGUGUGUACUUCAUGAAACAGACCAUCGGCAAUGCAUGCGGGACAAUUGGAGUACUCCACGCUGUGCUGAACAACCAGAAUGAAGCUGAUUUCAAACUGGCGGGAAUCCUUUCAGAGUUUGCAGAGAAGACCAAAGGCAUGGAUGGAGCAGAGAGGGGUGCUCACCUGGAGGGUGAUGUCGGGAUCUGUGAGGCACACAGCACCAGUGCCCAGGAAGGACAGACCCAGGCACCUGCGGCCGAUGACAAGGUGUCGGCGCAUUUCAUAACCCUGGUCAGUGUUGAGGGGUCACUGUAUGAGCUUGAUGGCCGCAAACCCAUGCCAAUCAACCAUGGUAAAACAAGCCCUGACAGCUUCUUGAAGGAUGCCGCUGGAGUAUGCAAGAAAAUUAUGGCCCUAGACCCCAGCGAGCUGAACUUCAACAUAAUGGCAUUGACAGGCGGGGAACCCUUGUUCUGAAAUGGAUACAUCACAGUGGCACACUGUACUCCAGGCAGCAUAUACGUAAAUGGCCCCUAACAAGUAAUUGAAUAUCAGUGCUUUCAGAAACAAAAAAUUGCCCUUAAAAGUCUUUGUGCAAUGUAGCGAAUUUGGUUUUAAUGACUUGGAAAGCCCAAGCUGUAUUCUCUACAGGCUGAUAAUAAAGUGAUAUUAAAAUAAGUGUUCGUCAGAAAAUGUUCCUACAAGAUGAGAGAAUAUUCCUGUAAGAUGAGAAUGUCUACAAAUCAGCAUACUGUUCAUGCACAGUAAAUACACGUAAGAUGCAAUUAAAACGAAGCAAACCUAACAAACAAAAAUUCUGCCAAAAAUGUGAGACUUAAAUAUAAGUGGAUGUUUGAGCAGCCUAUCUAAAGACAAAAUGUAUGUAAAAAAUUGAAAUACAUAAUUUUCUGCAAUUAGGUGAGUAAUGCACAUGCAGACCAUGUUACAAUUAUAUGCUGUUGUGAAAAUGUUAAAAUUGCCAAAUUGUAUUUUGUCAUGAUAGUGUUUCCCAUCUUCCUGAGCUAUACCAUAAGUAUAAACCACAUAAAAACCAGCAUUAUAUUUCUGCUGUUUAAAACCCUCCCUCUCUCAGUGACAAUCCGUAGAGAGUUACCCUUUACGUCAAAUUUAUCAGGUGACAGCUUUUAACGGCUCUGUAAACUGGCCUUAUAUUGGUACAAUUGACAGGCUGUGGUAGUUUUGUUAGCUGAGGGUACCAUGCCUUGACUGACAUUGAUAGAUGUGGUGUGAGUGCCAACGAUGAAGGCACAAAAGUUUCACUCGUGCAUUCCAGCCAAACGAAGGCAUCACCCUUUAAAACGACUGCUACACAAGCUGUACCAGUAUUAAUGGUCACCCUAUCUAUCAAAACACAUCAACAGGCUUUGACAGUUAUACGGUGUAAUCCAUAGGGGUUUCUGGUAGUUGGUGACCAGCCUGUACAAGAUUUUGGGAGCGGUUAGGUUUUUUUUGACAGUUUGUGAUAGUGUAUAGGAGGGUUAAUUAAUGAACUCAAAUUUUGACUCGACAGCAAAGUGUCAUGUGAGAGAAAAACAACUUUUAAUGUUUGGAAAUGUGUCCAGUUUUCCUAUAGAAGAGUAAGUCAAGUUACUCUGUAAAAGUAAAACACCAACUGUUUGGUCGUUUGAUUUGUUUUCUAAAAAGCCAAAGGCUGCCUUGUUUAAAGUGUGCUAAAUACAUAUAAGUUUAAAACUUUUUUAAAUAGAAAUAUUUGCUAAAAGCAUUUCCUCAUUUUGAAAUACAUUUUCGUAUUUUAAAUUUAUGUUAAAAACACAAAUCUGCUGGUUAAGUUUUUGUAAUGUAUGCUUCUGGAAUGUACAAGUCAUCACAUAUUCAUUCAAGAAGUAUAAUCUGACUAAAACAUAUUUUCUCAUCUUUGCUACAGUUACUGCAUGAUAACAACUUGAUUUCAAAAGCCUCUCUGUGUUUAUGUGAAAUGUACUCGGAUUUUUGCUGUAAACACAUGUUCAACAAGCAACACUUAACUUUACGGGAAUCUUGUGAAGAUGAUGACAAAUUGUGACAAUUUUUCCAGACUUGCUCAUUGUUGUUGGAAGAAUAUUGCCAAAGAAGAUUGUUCAAGAAUUGCAUUCCCGAUCCAGACUGAAGUUUUUCUUUAAUUUUUUGCUUUUGUACUUAAAUGAUUUGUUUGAGAGCUCCGACGGGAUACAUUUUUGUGAAGAAUAAAAUGUGUAAAAUUAUGCAAAUUACUGAGGCCAACAAUGUGUAAGCGUUGCAUUAAAUGUGGAAAAAAAGAGAAAAUAUUGUGAAAAAUAAAGUUGACAGUGCAGCUCAGCAUAGCAUGAAA